AUGUCCUACCCGUCCUGGGCGACAACCCUCGCCGAUGAGCCGUGGUCCUGUGACGGCGUCUGGACAGGCAUAGAUUUCAGCCCCUGCUUCAAAGAGCGAUACUUACAAAAUGCUCCUUACGCCUUGAUCGCUCUAUCCGUCCUCUACCUGCUCGCGACCCUCCCAUCCCGCUUAUCGUCCUCGCACAAGCCGCCCUUAUCGGCGUCGACUCUUGUGUCUCCCACAAACCCCUCAGACCUUGCCAAGCUCGAGUCUACCGUCAUUUUUGAGGCCCUUGCGACGAAUCUCCUCCCCACGACACCCACGUCCAGCACCAACAAGCCAACCGAAAAGUUAGCCGAGGGUGAAUCGGAGGCUAUCAUCGAGGACUUUCUGAGCGGGGCGAGCAAACGGAGAGAUGUCUCCCGAUGGCAAGGGGCGAGAUUCUGGGUGGGAUUGAUUGGAGCCGUUGUGUGGUUUGAGGUGGAGCUCGCUAGGGCUAUUGUGCAGGGGUCAUGGGCGAGCAUCGUCUUCCCGGCCUACAUCUCAGUCAUUGCGAUUAUCCCAGGCUCCCAUAUCACUCCCCUCGUGACUUUCCACGCCAUCUUAUCUCUUGUCCUUUUCCGAUCACUCGUCAUCUCUCCCGACCCCUCUACUCUUCACAUCAUCGCCUACGCCGUCGAGAUCGUCUACUGGUUUGCCUUGCUGGGCUUGCCGUACCACGAGUCCCUCGACCGCCUCCUCUCUGGGGGCAAGUCUGCUCGCGGGGGUUCCAACGGCUCCUACGGUAAUCAACUACCCAAGCAUUGCGAAGAGCCUGCUUCAGCAUUUUCCCGAGGCUCCUACAAUUUCAUGCUUCCUCUUCUCUUCAAGCACUAUUUCAAACCUAUCACUCUUGAAGAGAUUCCCGCUAUACGCGAGGAUGAUUCUUCUGCCGCGGCAAUCGGAGGAUUCAGGGCUUUCCAGGCGAGGAAGGAUGGUGAAUGGAUCAAGAAGCACAAGCAGGGCGCAAGGAGGAAACAUAUAGGUGUGGAUCUCCUGUGGUUUUUUACGCCGGACGUUCUCUGGCAAGUUAUGUAUUCCAUCCUAUUCAUCUUCUUCCAAUACCUGCCCCCUACCGGACUUCGACUUCUUCUACAAUUCGUCAAAGAACGCGAGACAAAACCCCAGCCUACACAUGUCGCUGUCCUCUACGUCGGGAUGAUGGUCGUUGGCCAGUGCACAUCUGUCAUCUUCCUCGGCCAAGCUCUUGCUUUGGGUCGUAGGAUUGGCGUGCGCAUUCGAGCCAUCAUCGUCUCUGAAGUGUUUGUUAAAGCGCUGAGACGAAGGGAUCUCGCCGGGGAUGUCAAGAAGACCGAAACCAAGGAGGGCGACGAGAAGAAGUCGGACGUGGCGGGAGAAGGCAAAGUCGCGAAUAUGGUCUCUGUCGACGCGUUCACUACUGGUGAAGUCUGCGCGUACAGCUACUAUGUCUUCUCAUGCCCCAUCGGGAUCAUUGUCAACUGCGUCCUCCUCUACCAGACCCUCGGUGUCGCCUCUAUCGCCGGUAUCGCCCUCCUCGUCCUCCUCAUGCCAGUGCAGUAUCUGGUUAGCAAACUCUACAUGUACUGCCAGCGCAUGUUCAUGUCAGCUACCGAUGCCAGGCUGGAAGGUGUGACAGAGGUCAUCUCGCAUGUCAAGCUUAUCAAGUUCAAUGCGUGGGAGGGCAAGUUUUACGAGAGGAUGAUGGAUACGAGGGACAAUGAGCUCAAGAUGCUCAGGAAGAGGUUUGGCGCUACGAUCCUUUUCCAAGUGCUCGUUUGGAGUACUCCAGUCAUCGUCACUGGUGCUGCUUUUGCUGUCCACACGGCAUGGCUCGGCAGGCCUCUUACCGCCGAUACCGCCUUUGCCUCUCUUAUACUUUUUAACAUGCUCAAAGAUCCCCUCGCUCUCAGCCAAGACAUCAUCACGCGUCUUAUCCAGGCUUACACGUCUUGUACGCGUAUCCAGGCGUACCUCGACGAGCCUGAUACGCUCAAGUACCGCCAGCUCUCUGCACCUGGACCUGGGGAUUCACAGAUUGGGUUCAAGAAUGCUACGCUAGGCUACUUGACGGUGGAGGAGGCGAGCAAGCUAGGUGACGACCAGGCGGAUCCUUUCCAGCUUUCCAACCUCAACCUCUCUUUCCCCGUCGGGAAAGUCAGUCUUGUGUGCGGACCUGUCGGUUCGGGAAAGACUACUCUCAUCCUCGGUCUUCUCGGUGAAACUCUCCUCCUUGAUGGACAAGUCUUUAUGCCCGACGAUCACGCCAACCGAGACAUCUGCCCUGUCGAUCCUACCACAGGCCUCGUCGACUCUAUCGCCUACUGCGCCCAAACAGCCUGGCUCGUUGGUGCGAGUAUCCGCGAGAAUAUCGUCUUUGGCUCCAAGUGGGACAAGACGAGGUAUGACGUGGUCGUCAAAGCUUGUGCGUUGGAGAGGGACUUUGAGAUCUUUGAGCUUGGAGACGAGACGGAGGUUGGGGAGAAGGGGACGACUUGUUCGGGUGGGCAGAAGGCGAGGAUUGCGUUGGCGAGGGCGUUUUACUCUUCGGCGAAGACGAUUGUCUUGGACGACGUGUUGUCGGCGGUGGAUGCGCAUACGGCUCGGCAUCUUUACAACCAUGUCCUGCAGGGACCGCUGGUACAGGGAAGGACAGUCAUUCUCGUCACGCAUCAGGUCAGUUUGGUAGCGCCCGCUGCCGAGCUGGUGGUGUUGCUCGAUAACGGCGGAGUGGCGGCUUCGGGUACGCCUUCUGAACUUCAGUCUUCAGGCCAGCUCGAGCUGCUUGAUGAGGAGGGGAGUGAGAAGGAUGUCAGUGCUAGCAACGCCGAGUCGUCGUCGUCUACCGCUGUCGAAGACGAAGCUGUCAUCGAAGAGCAGCUCGACUCGCCUGCCGAAGAAGAACGGGCAGAGCAGAAGAAGCUCGUCGAUGCCCACGCUUCGUUCGGUUCUCCUACACCCGCUCCUCUCGGCAAAGACGCAAAACAAUCAAAGCAGCUCGUCGCUGCCGAGACGUCCUCGCAGGGUACUGUCGAAGGCAAGACGUAUAGCCUGUACUUCAAGGCGAUGGGCGGUCUGGCGCUAUGGGCGGUGAUGUUUGCGUUCUUCUUUGGAAGCCAAUUCUUGCAGGUCGCGACGAAUGCGUGGAUCAAGGAAUGGGCCAACGCAGACGAUAGAGCGGUCUCGUCUACUUCUCCUGCCGCUUCUACAGUCCAUCACCUGGUCGACCAAUCCACCUUUGCCCUCUACCAAUCCUUCUUCACCGUCCGCGACACUGCCCAAUCAGCGUAUACCGAAGUCUUUGAGAGGCAACACGGUACCGCGUACUAUUUGUCGAUCUACUGGUUGAUCUCGAUCUUCUACCUGGCUUCUAUCGCGGGCAGAGUUGGAAUCACGUUUGUCGGGGCGCUGAAGGCGAGUAGAGGGAUGUAUGGAAGGCUGCUUUCGAGGAUCUUGGGAGCCAAGAUGAGAUUCUUUGAUUCGACGCCAUCGGGCCGAAUCAUGAACCGUCUGAGUAAAGACAUGUCAUCCAUCGACCAAGAGACAGCCGAGGUCUUGAUGUAUUUUGUUAACUCUUGUCUGUCCGCUGCUACCAUCUUGGUGGUCGUCACCCUCUCUACCCCUGCAGCAUUCAUUUUUGCCCUCGUCCUCAUCUGCUUCCUGUACUGGGUCGUCGGCUCCCUUUACGUCACCACCAACCGCGAAAUCAAGCGUAUCGACUCUGUGACCCGCUCUCCAAUCUUUAUCAGCUUUUCCGAAGUCCUCGUCGGCAUGUCUACCAUUCGAUCCUACGGCGACAGCGCUCGAUUCAUGCGUAAACUCUUCCACGAGCUCGAUCAGAACACGAGGUGCUUCUGGUAUCUCUGGCAGUGCAACCGUGUUUUGAACAACUGGUCGAACUAUGUGGGAGCGCUGGUGACGAUCUUUGCGUCGCUGUUUGCGUUGAAGAAUGAAAAGAUGACGGCGGGGGCUGUGGGUUUGAGUGUUGGUUAUGCUCUGUCGUUCACCGAAUAUGUGCUUUGGGUUGUGCGUAUGUACGCGGCGGUGGAGAUGUCUAUGAACAGCGUCGAGCGUGUCGGAGAGUAUCUUGACCUGGAGGUGGAAGAGGAACCUGACGCCAAGGGACGUGAGCCUCCUGCCUACUGGCCGGCCAGUGACGGAUCUAUCGUUGUUGAGAACCUCACUUGUCGAUACGCCCCCCAACUCGACCCUGUUCUCCGGGACGUUUCUUUCACGAUAGGACCGAAGGAGAAGAUUGGUGUUUGCGGCAGGACUGGUAGUGGAAAGAGUACACUCGCAUUGUCAUUCUUCCGAUUCCUGUUCCAAGAGUCGGGUCGAAUCCUAAUCGACGGCGAAGACAUCUCCAAGCUCAGCCUCCACACUUUGCGAUCACGCCUCACUAUCCUUCCCCAAGAGGCCCAACUCUUCUCCGGCACCGUCCGCGACAAUCUGGACCCCUUCGACCAACACUCUGAUUCCGACAUCUGGGAAGCUCUGGCGCAAUGCGGACUUGUCGGCAAAUCUAGGUACCCCAGUCGAGUCGCCAGUCGUAUCGGCUCCCGCGCCGAUUUGACGUCUGUCGCACAAGCUACUGGGGGAGAGGCCGAUUCACUCGCCAAGCCUGUGCUGAAGAAGAAGUUGGAAGACGUCAAGGAUGGGCAGGGUGAUGGGGAAGGAGAGGAAGAGGAGAGGGUGGUCAUCAAGUCGCUUGAGGAGAAUGUUGCCGUCGGAGGCAAGAAUUUCAGCCAAGGACAACGACAGCUUCUCGCCCUCGCCCGUGGUCUACUGAAACUCCGCAACUCGUCCUUCCUCAUCAUGGACGAGUCCACCGCCAACCUCGACCACGCUACGGACGCGACUAUCCAGAAUGUACUGAGGACGGCGUUGGAGGAUGUGCAGAUGUUGGUGAUUGCGCAUAGGCUGAUGACUGUCUGUGGGCUUGACAAGAUCUUGGUCCUGGACCACGGUAAGGUCAUGGAGUACGGUACGCCGUGGGAACUGUUGCAGAAAGAAGGCGGAUUCUUCCGGGAUCUGUGUAAGCAGAGUGGAGAGGAGGCGCAGUUGUGGGAGAUGGCAAAGAGCGUGCAUGAUAAGAAAACGACGCGGAUAGAAUCACAAAUGUAA